AGUGAGUGAGAGUUAAAGCAAAUAAUUAAAUUGUUAAAGACUUUGUUUAUAUUUAUAAUGUUUAUUUAGCAAAUAGUACAUAAAUUGUUUAUAGUGCAAAUAAUAGAAUGUAUAAUGGAUUUUGAUAGUCCUGAUGUGGAAAAAGAUUUUCCCGGUUUGUAUGCAUCGGAAAGUGUCGAUGGUAAAUCAAAAAAAAGCAAAGAAGAAAGUGAUUAUAGUGAAGGUGACCAUGAAAAGGUCAGUAAAAAGGACCUACUUAUUGGCAGACGUAAAGAAAAGAAGGAUAAGGGCAAGGAUCGUGGGUAUGCAGCAUUAGAGGGUGAAAGUUCUCCAGAGGAAGAAUUGGAAGCUAAGUAA